AUGCGGCCAUGCGACGCCUUCCUGCCUUGCCAGCCCUACCUGCUCAUGUCCCAGGUCCGGGGCUUGCAGAACAAGAGCUGCCUUUGUUGGAGCCAAAGAUCACCAAAGUCCGCGGUGCUCACCGUGGCACUGGUGGCCAGCUUUCACAGCCGGAAGAGGAAGUGGAAGGAGCCUGACAGCCCAAUCGAGGCCACCUUGCCAGAAGAAGUGGACCCCUUGGCGCCAGAUGCUGGCUCCGCUGCUACUCGCAUUUUUGUGGCGCACAAUUUGAACCAGAACUUGAAGGCGCUGAGGCUGCCGUCAGACCUGGCCUUUACCGUUGAUGGUGCAACAUUGAAAAACGGCGAAUCGCUGCAAAUCCAGAUGGUGUACGCGAAUUGUGGCUCUCCAGUAGUGUCACUGCUUGAUGCCACCCCGCUCCAAACGACCGAGCCGCCUCUGCCACCAAAGGACGUGGCCAGCAGAGAUACACCAAAAGAGGAUGCUCUCCUAGCCACCCUUCUGGAGCCAGACAAGAGGGCCAGACAUCGCCCUACGGCCCCGCCGCUCUUGGACUUGCAUUCGGGAGCCCGGCUUGUUGACAACUUACUGGCCACAACCGAGAAGUUUGGCAUGACAUUGCCAGAGCUGCAGCUGAGGUUUGCCGUUUUUGCCGGCGAUGGCUUGCUGGAAGGGCCGUUCAACACCUGCCAACCUGGAUGCGGAAAUCUUCUGGCCAGAAGAUUGUCUUUGGAGCAACGCAGCAGCUUGUGCGAGUGGGGCUCGCUGGACUGGUUUCACGCUUGCGAGAAAAGUGGCGCUCACAGUGACGCGCAAGAGAAAUCGAAGAGCAAGAACCUCUUCCAGAACUUGCCGGUUCUGCACAGCGGCGCGAUUUUCUGCCAGACAGAGGCCAUCGAAAACACCCGCCGGAAAGCCAAAAACCCUAGCAAGAUUUGUGGCCUGAAGACUGCGGACGCCAAGGAGGCGCGCCAGUUCGGGCGUGACCUGCUAGACGCCCCAAUGCUCAUUUUCUGCUCUUUUCAUUAUGAGCACAGGCGUCAGAACUUGCUAGCUGUUGCUGCCCACGGUCAGAGCAGCGCCAUGCCCAACAAUGUGAAGUUUACUCUGGCAGUGGAGGCCCUCCUCGCCAUGUCCGAAGACAGAGUUACUUUUGCAGCUUUACAGAACGCAGUGGUGGUUUUGGAGCCGGCUGGAGUCUUUCCUGAUUGCAGACAACACGGACAGGUGGGCCGCGCGUUACUUCCAGCAGUGCAUCACGCAGUUCAGUGGCUGGAUGGUUGUCAGACUGGCGUGGAGACGAUACCCGCGGUCAGUCAGACUUCUGACUGA